UCUCCACAACAUAUUGACAAGGAUCUCCUUGUCUAGUGAUUAUGUGAGCGGCAAGUCAAAUCUGGAGGUCCUAGUGGUCGACCCGAGAAACUUCUUGAAUGUGGGUUCGAACUCCUAUUACAUACUCUAACCAAUUCUUGGCUUGGAAGUUAUUCAUACUCUCCCACUCACCAACUUCAUUGUGUUGCUUCAGUUUUGCUACUCACGGACACAGAAAAUGAUGGUAUUUCAGACAGAUCGGAUGGUGCUGUUGAUGUCUACCACACGUGCUUGAACAGAAUUUUCUUGAGCAAAAAAAUAGUAUCCUCCAACGCUAUCGAUUGAAUUAAAUUAUUAUUCUUUCAGAGAUUAGACGAUGCAUGUCAUGGAGGGAUUUUAAGGAGUACAUUGAUUUGAACACCAACUUUGUAAUUGUUUCACCUUGUUUUUCUUUGUAGAUGUCUGUUUCAUUUUAAAUUUAGUGAAUGGCAAUACUUUUAUGAAGCCUGACAAUAUCACAGGGAUACUUGCUGUAGCUUACUAUAGAAUGAGUCAUUUUAUAUGUAGCAGUUGAACAUAAAGUUCCUUUACAAUAAGAAAUGAAAACGGGAAGACUUGUGUGGUCUAUGAAAUCUUCCUUUAGGUGUUAAUCGGGAUUUUGCCACCUGCUCCUUACAAAAAGAAGUAUCAUGUCCAAAAAUAGACUAAAGUUCCUAGUGUUAGUUCCUAAUAGACUUGCCUCUGAUUUUCUAGACAAGUAUAUAUUUCUGGCUGUUGGAAGAGUGGGUUCGAGCACUGAUCUAAUUGCUCAAAGAGUUGAGUAUGUUCAUGAACCUCACAAGAGAAGUCAUUUAUUGGACCUUCUUCACGCACAGAGGGCAAAUGGUGUGCAGGGCAAGCAAUCUCUUACUCUGGUUUUUGUGGAGACAAAGAAGGGAGCUGAUGCUCUUGAACAUUGGUUAUGCCUCAAUGGUUUUCCUGCCACUACCAUUCAUGGUGAUAGAACACAACAGGGAGCUAUCACUAAACAAAUGACUACAAUAGAAGAAAUGGUUGCAAGUGAGUACAAUUAGCCAGACCCUCCUCUUUAUGACAAGAUCUUGAAGAUGGUCAUUUGUGAAGCGUUCUAGUUUGCUAUUAGU